GGGCGUCCAGCGUUGGAGGGGAGCAGAUCCAAGAGAUUGUCAAUGUUGGGCUUUCGCAGAAGCGUUUUGGAAUGCGGCCCAGGUCGUUCGAAAACCACGUGAUAGGUACGCCAUCUCUCUAAUCCAUUGCAAGUCCUUGAGUAGCGCCGCUUUGUCCACUGAUGGCGGAGCGCCGGUCCAAGCGUGCGCGGGUGGUCGAUUACGCUGCGCUUGAUUCUGGCGAAUUCAUUGAGGGCGUUGAUGAGGUGUUGCCCAAACCCUCAACUGGUACCAACGCAGAGUCUGUAGAUUAUAAGAAGCUGUCGAAGUUGAUUCUGAAGGGGGAGUAUGGGGAUAAAACAAAGGUGCUGUUUGCAAAGCCGGAAGAACUAGAGGAAGUGGUGCGGGGCUCAGGGUUUCAAAGUCCAAUUGUGGUCAAAGAUGCGGGGGAAGAGGGAUUGCGGAAGCUUGGAAUCAGGCUCCCUGACGGCGAGCUUACUGUAGACCUCAUAGCGCGGCUGGUCGGGCCGCAGCACGCGAUCCCGACCAUCGAUGUGGCGACGCAGGCGGAGGGGCCCAAAUGGACCAUGGAGCAGUGGCGCUACUACUGGAACAUGCCGCCCUCCUCGCGCAAGAAGCUGCUCAACGUCGUUUCUCUCGGCCUGUUUGGGACAGGCAUGGAGUCGCAGGUGACCGCCCCGUCCGUCGUGCGCGACCUCGACCUCGUCAGCCGCGUGUGGCCCCCCGACGACUGGUACCCCCCCAAAGUGCAGCUGUACGUUCUCAUGUCCCCCCAAGGCUGCUACACCGACUUUCAUGUCGACAUGGGGGGGUCCUGUGUUUGGUACCACCUCGUCAGGGGGAAGAAAGUGUUCCUGGUCGCACCCCCCUCUGCGAAAAACCUGGAGGCGUUUGAGGAGUGGGCGUCGUCAGAGAAGCAGGGGAGCGUGUUCCUGGCGGAAAAAGGGGAGGGCUGGCAGCGCGUGGAGAUGGAGGCGGGGGAUACGCUGCUCAUGCCUGGCGGUUGGCCGCACGCGGUGGUGACUCCGGUCGACAGCAUUGCGGUGGGCGGCAACUUCCAGACGGGGCAGACGUUCACGGCGCAGGCGAACGUGUGGAAGCUGGAGGACCGCCUGCGCGUGCGGCCCAAGUUCCGGUUCCCCUCCUUCAAGCAGCUCAUGUGGUAUGCGGCAUACUACUACGUCCAGCGCCUUCAAGAGGACAAGGAGCGGACGGGCGGCGAGCACCACAGCCUGUCGCGCUGGGAGUCCUCGGGCCUGCGCGCGCUUGUGGGGCUGCUGAAAGGCUGGCAGGUCCAGGCGAGGGGCGACCAGAGCGACGUCCCUGCGUCGAUCCCGAGCCCCGACAUUCUGUUGCACGAGCUGGAAGAGCUGCUCCCGCCGCCGCCCAGCCCGCGCCUCAUCACCAUCAAACGGACGGACAGCUCCGCGGGCAGCCUGGACAAGGCCCCGUCCGAGAAGGAGAGCAAGCCCAAGUCGAAGCCGCCCGCGAAAGCGGCCCCCCCGCGGCCGCCUCAGAAGACGCUCGGUGUGAAGGGGCGCUUGCUGGCCAAGCUGGGGAUGAAACGAUCACAGCCCAUCUUCUCCCUGCCCCGCGUUCACACCGAAAAAGUGCCGCCAAAGGCGCCACCGCCGCAACUGGGGGCUGAGCGGCCUGCGAAAAGGGCCGAUGACGUCACCAAGGAGAAGUACGGGGGGCUGAGGAUUCAAGUAGAAACGAUCGAACCCGAGGGGUCGGGGCGUCCGGGGGAACCGGGCGGACGUAACGGACAUGAGGCGGGUAAAGGGGAGCGUUACGGUCGGGGAAGCACAUCAACGGGAGGUUCCGGCGAUGGGCCUCCCAUAAAGAUACCGAAGAUAGUGAUCCGGGGGCUGAGUGGGCUCGGCUCGCCACGUGGCGCUCUUGGGGAGCAGCCACGUGUCAAGUCGAGGAAGGAAGAACUUGAAGGGCCAAUCACGGACGCUGGUCGGGAAACAGAGCGAAUGUCCACCAAGAGGAAGGUGAGUGGAGAGGAAUCGGGGGGAGGGACCGGUAGCGAAAGUUUGAGCGCUUCCGAAAAGGACUUUGCGAAGCUGCUCAUACGGCUGGGCAAGAGACGGACGAACUCGGACACGACGAGCAGGAGCGAGAGUCCGUUCCCGGACGCGGCCGCCGCUGACGUGGCGCUGACGUCAGCACGGGACGGCGAUGCGGGGCCCCCGUCAGAAAGCGCGCACGGCCCCGGGUUCACGGCGCGGAUGGAGCCGGGGGACUCCAUCCCGCCAGGGCAUGAGCUCAGCCGCUUCGCGAGCGCGUGUUUGAUGACGUCAGCAGUGGGGUCGAGCCGCGCAGGCGAAGACUCAGGCGACGGGAGUUUUUUAAGAGACGCCGUGGGGUCGUCCCGGGGAAAAGGCAGGCAGGGGUGGCGCCCUGGAGAAAUCGAAACGGGCGGCUUGGGUGUGAUCGAAGAAGGGGAAGGCUUGAAGAAUAAGAAUUCGGGCACGGCAGGGGAGGUUGGCGCUAGCGCAAUGAUGAGAGAGUUUCUCAGCGUGAUCGGAGAACGGCGAGGGGAAGAGACGCUUCCAAACGGAACAGCGGAUAAUGCAGGAAGCAGUCGGAAUGUUGUUCCCGACGAUCUUCCGACGGGGUCGGCGUCGAAAGCGCAGCCUGCUGAUGCUGCCAAAGUCGACGUGAAAAGCGGAACUAGAACGGGACCGAAUCGGUCGGCGGAGGGCCGAGAACGGCAAUCUCAGACGCCGGCUACAGGGCUGAGGAUCGACACGGAGAGGCCACUGUUUGCGACGUCCGAGCGGUUACUUUCGCCAACUACAGGACUCAUGAUGAGUACUGCGAGGCCGGCUCUCGGGGCGUCCGAAAAAGUUCUCUCGCCAACAGCGGCCCGUGCGGUUGGGGGGGCCGUACUAAGCCCGCGGCGGCCCCCCCUCCCGGCGGGGCUUCUCGAAAGGACUGCCAGCAAACUGACGCUCGGGAUGAAAGGCGCGGCGCAGAAACGAAGGGCGAUCAUGCUGACGGAAGUGAAGCCUGACCCGGAAGUGCUCGCGCAAAGGGAGAGGGCAGCCGCGGAAGCUCAGCGGAUUCUUCUGAAGGCGAAGUCGGUUAAGAAGACGGAAAGCAGAAGUGAGGAGGAGUCGCAGGCGGUUGGAGCGGCCGUAGAGGUAGCUGAUGCGGAGGGCUUGGACAGGGAGAAGAAUACGGAAAUCUUAGAAAAGGAGGGGGCUUCGACGGCUUUGGACCUGACGGCUGAGAACGGCCUGUUGAGUCCAGCUUUUGUAGAAGAGCCACGAUCUGAGCAGUUGCGGGAAGAGCAACCAGAUGGCGACUCUGAUGAGGAGCCCAUAGCUCAAUGGGCCGCACACGCACAGGGGGUUACGAUUGAUUGAGAAAAAAUGACGAUUCUAGUGCUCCUCGGUUACACCGUGUUAUCAGAUUUCUUGAGAUGGGUA